GGGGAAGAAAAAAAAGAAAAAAUUACUCCUUUUCAGUGGAAAGAUUUGGGCGGAAAAAAAAAGGAAACGUCUCAAAGUUCUGCCCAUUUGGUGAAAGCAAAAAUGGGAAUUCCCCCUUAGCGUUUUUUUUCCAGCAGUUUCCGUUCCUGUUAGAGGCUUUAACUGAUUUAAAGAAAAAAAAAAAGGAAACAUAUCGGUGUGGGUCAUGCAUACGUAUAUGUACCUAUACAUUUGUAUGCGCGCCACUCGCGUUCUUGAAAAGAAAAGAAGCGCCAACUUGUAAGAGAAAUUAAAAAUGACAGGAAUGGCGUGUUAUAACUCACGCAUUAGGGAAAAAUUAAACAAAAUAAGGCAAGAUUAAACUGCCAAAGUGAACAGGUUAAAAAAAAAAAAUAAAAUAAGCUGGUGAAGUAGGGAAAGCGAAAUAAGUGUUAAUUUUAACCCUGUGUAUGAUAGCACAAAAAAGAUGUUUACUUAAAAUUACAAAACGGGAAAUAUGCAGAGAGGGAUGAAGCUUCUAAUAAAAAGAAAAAAAAAAAAGGAUGAAAAGGAAUACACAGUUGAGGUGUAAAAAGAAGCAACGAAACAGUGCGAGUGGAGUUGGUUUAACCCAGAGGGAACUCGCUUGCUGUGCGCGCUGACAUUUUAAAAAAAGGAGAGAAACACGUGCGCAUGUGUAUGUUAAUGUGUAUCUUAAUGUGCAUGCAUAGAAUCCCAUCGAACGCGUAAAGGAGAGUGCGCUCGACUAGGACACGUUUUAAGCUGAGAGAAAAUAAGAGACCCAGACAAGUGCAGCUCGCAAUCGAAUUUUACAAGUGAAUAGUAUCAAGAAAGGUGUGCACCAUGGUGGCAACAGUUUCACAUUUUACGAAUUAUGAGUUCACCAUGGAUGAGCCCGUUAAGGACACAGUGAUACGAGACGCGAAAAGUAUCUACAAGAAGAUAUUGCACAUCUGCUUUCACCAGUACGAUGACGAUAACACCGUAAAGAAAUGUAAUGCUUAUUUGGAAGAGCAGUUGGAGAGAAGUACAUUUGUGCAUUUUUUUUUAUGUCCAUUUGUGUCACUUUUGAGCAUCUUCGUGUGCAAUUUUAUUACUUUAUUUUAAUAUUUUUGUU